UACAAGUGCCACUUUUGUCCAACCUCUUCUACCAUUUGAUAUACCUUGAACCGAAGCAAUCGCGACUUUUCGCCGACUGCAUUGAUAAGCAAGAGUCGAGGCUACAAACCCCCGAGACGGGCAAUUAUAUUCUCCACAACUGUUAAAUACGACAGCAAUAGGAGAGUUUAUCUAAAACUCACCCACUCCUACCAGAUCACUUUAACACAACAUAACAUUCUUCCAAAAUGCCCAAAUCAGUGUCCAUUUCCAAGGUAGACGGCAAGCCCGGACAGGUGUACUAUCCUCUGUCACUGGACGAAGUGCCCAAGCCCACACCCAAGGGAACGGAAGUGUUGGUGCAAGUACACGCGGCGGCACUCAACCAUCGCGAUCUCUUCAUCCGUCAGGCCUUGUACCCGGCGAUUGGGUUUGGCGUGCCGUUGCUGGCGGAUGGAGUGGGCACCGUGGUCGGACUGGGACCUUUGGCCGACUCGCAAUGGAAAGGCAAACGUGUGAUCCUGAACCCUGGUACCGGAUGGAAAGAUGAUCUCGACGGACCCGAGGACCCCAAGGGCUACCAGAUCCUCGGAGGCACCAAGACCAGCCCGAUCGGCACACUGCAGGAGUACCUGGUUACCGACCAGUCCGAACUCGAAGUGGCACCAUCUCACUUGUCCAAUGCUGAAGCUGCGGCGCUUCCGUUGACAGGUCUCACAGCCUGGCGAGCCACCGUGGUCAAGUGUGGUGAGCGCAAUCUCCAGCCUGGUCGAAACGUUCUCAUCACCGGCAUUGGCGGCGGUGUGGCUCUGAUGGCUCUGGAAUUUGCCAAAGCCUCGGGCGCCAACGUUUUUGUCACAAGUGGCGACGAACAGAAGAUCAAGAAGGCCAUCGCCUUGGGUGCAAAGGGGGGUGUCAACUACAAGGACAAGGACUGGGACAAGAAGCUGCAGGCCUUGUUGCCAGCACAGAAUAAGCUCCUUGAUGCAAUCAUUGAUGGUGCUGGAAGUGAUGUUGUCUCUCGUGGCUCCAAACUGUUAAAGAACGGAGGUAUUAUCUCAGUCUACGGCAUGACGGUCUCGCCCAAGAUGCCAUUCUUGAUGCAAGCCGUCCUCAAAAACAUUGAGGUCAAAGGCUCAACCAUGGGUUCUAGAAAGGAGUUUAAGGAAAUGGUUGAUUUCAUUAGAGAGAAAAAGGUCCAUACAGUGGUCUCCCGCACGGUUCAAGGUCUCGAUCUCGCCGCAAUCAAUACCUUGUUCGAUGAUAUGCACAAGGGCUCCCAGUUUGGAAAACUAGUGGUGGAGAUUCCAGCAGGUACUUCUACUAGUAAAUUGUGAGAUACGGAAUAUAUCAAAAGAUAGCAUUUGCUUAGACAUGACAAAAUCUGCAAGGCACGC